AUGUUCUCGAGUGGUUACGAGUGGGCACUCAACCUCGCCAUUGACGUCACCUCCAAUCAGGAGUGUCAUGGAUGCGCGCGGCCGAUUGUACCGACGCUGCUGUCGGUGGGGAGCUACACCUACACUAUGGACAAUCGGUUCCGGGUGGAGCACAACCGGCACACCUCGGACUGGACCCUGAAACUCGAGCGGACCACUCACAACGACUCGGGCGUGUACGACUGCCAGAUCGGCACGACGCCGCCGCUCACCAGGCACAUCUUUCUCACCGUGGUCGAGCCGGACACGGAGAUCCUGGGCGGUCCGGAGAUCUUCAUCGACCAGCAGAGCACCAUCAACCUGACUUGCGUGAUCGAGCACGCGCCCCAGCCGCCCGACUUCAUACUCUGGGAGCACGACAAAAAGACGAUCAACUACGACUCGGAGCGGGGUGGUGUUAGCGUGGUGACCACCAAGGGCCGCACGACGGUCUCGCAGCUGCUGAUUCGCGCCGCUCGGCCGCCCGAUAGCGGGCGCUACACGUGCCGGCCGGCCAGCUCCAAGCCAGCUUCCGUGCGCGUGCACGUCCUCAAAGGUGUAGCUUUUCUGAUGCUGAUGACUUCUCUGGCCACGGUGUUCUGA